AUGCCUGCGCACGAAGCCCUCCUGAUCCUCGUCAUCAGCUGUCUCGCUUUUAGCGCCACCGUAACAGCCGCUCCCGACUACCGCGACGCGUUGUCGAAAGCGCUUCUGUUCUUCGACGGCCAACGGUCGGGUAACCUCUCAGGCGCCGCGAUCAAGACCAGGGCGAAGUGGCGCGGCGACUCCGGCCUCACCGACGGCAAAGCGCAGAAGGUCGACUUGGUAGGCGGCUACUAUGACGGCGCGGGGAACGUUAAGUACGGCCUGCCGCUGGCCUUCUCCCUCACGCUGCUCUCCUGGGCCGCCGUCGAUUACCAGUCGCAGCUCGCCGCGUCAGGCGGCCAGCUCUCCGCGGCUCGCGACGCGAUUCGCUGGGGGACGGACUACCUCCUUAAAGCGCACACGAGCGCGAAUGAGCUCUGGGUGCAAGUAGGUGACGGUCCGAGCGACGACCUGUGCUGGCAGCGGCCCGAGGACAUGACGACGGACCGCACCGCGUACCGCGUGAACGCGACGCGGCCGGGAUCUGACGUGGCAGGGGAGACGGCGGCGGCGAUGGCGGCGGCGUCGCUGGUGUUCGCGAAAGUGGAUCCGCCGUAUUCGUCGCUGCUGCUGAACCGCUCGCAGCAGCUGUUCACAUUUGCGGACACUUAUCGCGGUGUAUAUUCGGAUUCUAUCCCCAUUGCGAGGCGGAACUAUCCCUCGUGGACCGGAUACGAGGACGAGUUGGCGUGGGCGGCGGCGUGGCUGCACCGAGCCACGGGGUCAUCGCAGUACCUCGAGUACCUGGCGACGAACGACGAGCAGCUGCAGGGGUCGUCGCAGGCCACCACGGAGUUGAGCUGGGACGACAAGUUCGCCGGCGCUCAAGUGCUGGUGGCUAAGGUUGCACUGCAAGGCAGCGGGGCGGGUAAUCUGAGCACAGCAGCACAGGCCGUGGUGGAGGGGUAUCGCGGCAUGGCGGACGCCUUUGCAUGUGCCUACAUGCCCGAUAACCCACUGCACUCCGUCUACAUCACGCCAGGCGGGCUGGUGUACAUUCGAGCGCGCAACAGCCAGUACGCCACGUCAGCCGCGUUCCUGCUGCUGCUCUACAGUGACUACCUGGCGUCGGCCAAUCAGACGCUCUCGUGCGACGGCACGCAGUACUCGCCUGCUGACAUGGCAGCCUUCUCCAAGUCACAGAUGGAUUACCUGCUAGGGGUCAACCCCCUCAACGCCUCCUACAUGGUCGGCUUCGGCCAGUCCUACCCGCAGAAGCUGCGCCACCGGGCGGCGUCCAUCGUCUCUUUCAAAGCGGACAGCACGCCGGUUACCUGUGAGGGCGGCAAGACGGAUUGGCUGCUGAGCCCCGACCCCAACCCCAACGUGCACGUGGGAGCCAUUGUUGGGGGCCCUGAUGCGGACGAUGCAUUCAUGGACGACAGGCAGCAGGCAGCAUUCAACGAGCCGUCUCUCUUCACCAACGCUGCUGCCGUCGGUGCCUUCGCCCGCCUUGCUGCAGGCGCUCUCCCUCCCGGCCCCUCGCCCCCCCCUGCUCCGCCCUCCCCUCCCCCUCCGCCAUCCCCUCCCCCCGCUCCCCCCCCUCCCCCACGCCCGCCCAAGCCCCCUCCGCCUCCCCCCAGCCCGCCCUUCCCCCUGCCAUCGCCCCCGCCUCCAGCCUCGCAAGUCACUGUAACCUGCACCAUCUCGGGAGGCUGGACAGCGGACGGCAAGGACGUGGCACAGUGGGGAUGCACCCUCACCAACACAGACCCCCUCUACCCCGUCACAGCCAUCUCUCUCCUCUGCUCCUCCUUCCAGCCACAACAAUACUGGAACAUCGACCCGCUAGCCUGCGCUCUCCCGGACUGGGCCCGGAACCUGGGUCCAGGCGGGAGUGCGUCGUUUGGGUUCAUUCAGGAGAAGGCAGUCACGCCGCAGUUUAGCGUUCUCGGGUAUUUCUCGAAUGCACCCCCCGCGCCUAGUGUAAAUGGCGGGUCUCCUCCUCCCCCUCAACCGCCUCCCUCUCCCCCGCCGCUUCCGCCGCCUCCCCGCUCAUCUCCUCCUCCCCCUCCGCCGCCCACAAGCUCCCCCCGCCCCCCUCCCCCUGCAGCAUCUUCCCCCCGGCCUCCUCCCCCGCUGCAGACCGGGUUCCCCCCUCCUCCAACCAACACCCCUCCUGCUGCCACUCCCCCUCCUGCCUCUCCUCCUCCCUCCUCUGCCUCUCUCUCGCUCGAGCAGAACCUGCUGUACGAAUGGCCUCCUGACGCUGCUGCAUUCAACAUCACCAUUUCCAACCCCUCCACCCGCACCGCUGUUGCGGUUACCAUAUCUGUAACCGUACCGGUAGACGAUCCGCCUAUCACCAGCGUCUGGGGUCUUUCCGCUGCGGGCAGCUCCACCGACAGCUCCUCGGGCAGCUUGAAAAUUGUGACGCUGUACCGGGUUUCGGCGAAUCUCUUGCCCAUGCUGCCCGGAGAGUCGGCGCAGGUGGGGUACAUCAAGUCUGGGCUGCCCGGAAAUGUUUCCAUUGCAGAGGUUGCAUGGUUGGAGCAGUCCCCUCCUCCCCCUUCUCCCACCAAACGGUCCCCUCCUCCUAAACCCCCCCAACCCCCUCCCCAUCGGCCCCCAAAGCCACCUCCUCGACCCCCACCCCGCCCUCCCCCACGCCCUCCCCCACGCCCUCCCCCACGCCCUCCCCCACGCCCUCCCCCACGCCCUCCCCCACGCCCUCCCCCACGCCCUCCCCCACGCCCUCCCCCACGCCCUCCCCCACGCCCUCCUCCACGCCCUCCCCCACGCCCUCCACCAAGACCUCCUCCCCCCAAAAAAAGGUAG